GCCUCUGACCCUCGGCAGAGAGUAGUGUGACCUUCGUCUUCCGACCCGGACGGGCCACGGGCUGCAUUUUAGCCCGAUCUAGAGCGGAUUCCUUCUCAUUCCCUCUCCCUGGACUUCACGUGCUCCCCGGGAUUCCUGUGAUUAGGGCCCUUCGGGACUACAUUCAGGAUCUUGGAAGCACUGCCAAUAUGUCUGAUGUUCAAGAAGCUACUAACCAGCUCCUGGAUGUGAAUCUUUGUGAGAACCAGAUGUCUAUACAAGUGACUGAAAGUGGCCCCAGAAGUGAGUCUGAGCAUCUCCAAGUCACUAUUGGUGCCACUGUGCCUACUGGUUUUGAGCAAACAGCUGCAGAUGAAGUGAGAGAGAAAUUGGGGUCAUCAUGCAAAAUCAGCAAAGACCGGGGCAAGAUAUAUUUUGACAUUUCAGUGGACAGUCUGGCUCAGGUUCAUUGUCUGAGAUCAGUUGAUAAUUUAUUUGUGGUUGUUCAGGAGUUUAAGGAUUACCAGUUCAAAGAAACAAAGGAAGAAGUUCUAAAGGAUUUUGAGGACCUGGCUGGGAAGCUUCCAUGGUCAGACCCCUUAAAAAUAUGGAAAAUUAACACAAGUUUCAAGAAAAAAAAAACAAAGCGCAGAAAGAUAAAUCCGAAUUUAAGUAAACAGAAGAUUGAUAAUGGACGAGGAGACACAACAGUUGAGAAGGAUGUUAAAGAAUUCACUAACAGUGUCUCAGAUUCACAGAUCUUAGACUGUUAUGAAAAUCCAGCCGUCAAAGAAGAGGUAUCAACAUUAAUAGGUGAUGAUUUGACAUCUUGCAAAGAUGAGACUGAGGAAAACUCAAAAGAAGAAGUUGAUCCUGAAGUGCUGAAGUUUAGAGUCACAUGCAACAGGGCAGGAGAGAAACACUGCUUUUCCUCAAAUGAGGCAGCAAGAGAUUUUGGGGGUGCUGUUCAAGAUUAUUUUAAGUGGAAGGCUGAUAUGACCAACUUUGAUGUGGAGGUUCUUUUGAAUAUCCAUGAUAAUGAAAUUGUUGUGGGCAUUGCAUUGACAGAAGAGAGUCUCCACCGAAGAAAUAUCACACAUUUUGGACCCACAACUCUUAGAUCUACUCUUGCCUAUGGGAUGCUCAGGCUCUGUGCACCUCAGCCCACUGAUAUAAUAGUUGAUCCGAUGUGUGGAACAGGGGCAAUACCAAUUGAGGGGGCUACAGAAUGGUCUAACUGUUACCAUAUUGCUGGUGAUAAUAAUCCAUUGGCUGUGAAUAGAGCUGCAAAUAACAUCUCAUCUUUAUUGACCAAGAUCCAAGUUAAAGAAGGCAAACUGUCCUUGGGCUUGCCCAUAGAUACUAUUCAGUGGGAUAUCUGCAACCUGCCACUAAGAACUGGCUCUGUAGACAUAAUUGUAACAGACAUGCCAUUUGGAAAAAGGAUGGGCUCCAAGAAGAGAAACUGGAACCUUUAUCCAGCUUGCCUGCGGGAGAUGAGCCGUGUCUGUAGGCCAGGGACAGGCCGAGCUGUACUACUGACUCAGGACAAGAAAUGCUUUGCCAAGGCAUUAUCUGGAAUGGGACACCUAUGGCGGAAGGUGCAUACCGUUUGGGUCAACAUAGGGGGUCUUCAUGCUGCAGUUUAUCUCCUGAAACGUACACCUCAAAGUUUUGUUCAUCCUUCAGAACAAGAUGGAGAAAGAUGUCCUUGGUAAUACAAAGAUCAAAAAUGAUUAAUAAUAUCUGUGCUUCCUGACACUGAAAAUAUCAGGACAAAGAACUUGCUUUGAGAGAAAAAAUAGUAUUAAUCAAAGAUUUGGUAUAAAUCUCUUCACCAUAGUUAGGAAAAGGUAUACAUGGAAUGUCUUAUAAGAAAGAAGAGCUUUUCUUUGGUGCUGUUUGAAAGGGGUAGUUGAGCAAUUAGUACUUUUCUUAAAAGGCUUUAAAGAUGCUAAGCCUACUAAAAUGCCCCAGGAUUUGGGUUUAGAACAUUUUCAGGCUUUGUAACAGUUCCUGUUUUCCACUGUAGGUGGAAGGCUACUCUGGCCUCAUGGAAGGGCAGAGAGCCUAAACAGAGCAUGAGGUUACAUUUCAUUGUCUGUGCAGCUUUGCUGUUUAGUUGCUCAAGUUUUUUACCUAGGUUUCUAAAAAUGAAGCAUUAUGCUUUGUAAAAUAGUGUUUGUUCCAUGACAAGCUAGAUCUUAUAUAAGUCUUAUAUAAGACUUAUAGUUUACUAUCUGCCUUAAAAGUUAUAACAUCAGUGAAUAAGAUUAACACAUUUAAUCUGAAGAUAUUAGAUAGUCCUAUUUGUAAAUAGCAGCAAAUACAAUGGUAGAUGAAAGAAGGGACCAACAAGCCAUAUUUAAAGAAAUUUUAUUUUUUUCUUUCAAUACAUAAAGGUGAAGCUUUUCAAAAUCAGACAUAAGUCUGUCAAAGUGUUUUUGUUGGCUUCUCUGAAGGACUAGAGAACUGAUGAAUUAAAGACUUCACGCCAGUC